AAACUUCUUUCAUCUUUCUUCUAUGAGCAUCUCAAAAUAUGAAGUUGUGUACCCAUAUCCAGUCGCCCCUACUGCCCUGGUCAUACAUACCCCCACUUCCCACACAUUGUUGUUUUUUUGUUUUUGUUUUUUUUUUUUCUUUUUUAAGACCUACACCCUUACAACCUUCCAUGAAUAUUUAUCAACAUGCAAAGUUUUUUAAUCUAAUUUUUGUCGAAGUUUCCUAGAUUAUGAUUAAUAGUAGUAUAAUUAUGAUGUAAAAUAGGUGUUCUGUAAAAUAUGUUCUACUUAAAAAGUACAUUUUGCUUUGCUUUAUAAAUACCCGAUCGUAUGUAAAAGUACAGAAUACAUGCACGUUUUGCAGCUCAAAGUGUGCAUUGUCUAAUGCGGCCGUGUAUCUUUUCUAAAGAUACUUCUUGUUCUUAUUUACAUAGGUGCACCUCCGCUAGUUGAGGGCAAUUCAAGGACAAUCAUGCUUAUAGGGGCUACAGGCACUGGGAAAAGUACACUUAUUGAUGGAAUUGUGAACUAUAUCCUUGGAGUGAACUGGGACGAUCCUUUUCGAUUUACAGUUUUUGACUUGGAUCAGGGAACAAAAAAUCAAGCGCUGAGUCAAACAGAAUGGAUAACAUGUUACACUAUCAACCCGGAAAAGGGUAGCCGACUAGAAUAUCAACUGAAUAUCAUCGAUACUCCCGGAUUUGGGGACACCAGUGUGUUAACACGCGAGCAAGUAAUAGUGGAUCAGAUACGUCAGCUCUUCUCUGAAAGCCAACCAAAAGGUGCCUCUUUUAUAGAUGCAGUUUGUUUCCUGAUAAAAGCCCCAGAUGCACGACUUACUGCUGUUCAAAGUCAUAAUUUCGAGCUAGUGAUGUCGUUAUUCGGAAAAGAUAUCAAAAGAAAUAUAUGUUCCCUUAUAACAUUUGCCGAUGGAGCAGAUCCACCUGUUAUUGCCGCACUCAAAGAAUCUGGACUACCUUUUGGGCAAAGCUUUACUUUUAAUAAUUCUGGUCUUUUCGCAAAAAAUGUGGAUAUUAGUGCUGCAAGCUUCUCUCCAGUGUUUUGGGAAAUGGGAUUAAAAGGUUGCCGUGCAUUCUUUGAUCACCUUAGGCAGGUUGAAACGAAAAGCCUACAAAUGACCAAACAUGUUCUUGAUGAACGGUCCAGAUUAGAAACAGCUAUGAAAAACCUACAACCUCAGCUCAAUGCCGGACUUUCUAAAGUCGAUUGCCUCAAACAAGAAAUUAGGAUUAUCGAACAGAACAAAUCUUUGAUGAAAGAUAUCAAAGACUUUGAGUACGAAAUUGAAGAAACACAACAAAAAAAGAAAGAGUUGCCAAGAGGUCAACCCGUUACCAAUUGCCUUAACUGUCAUUUUACUUGUCAUGAUAACUGUGAUUUGUCUAAAGACCAUGAGAAGUUCCAGUGUUCUGCGAUGGAUUCAAACGGGAAUUGCAAAAUAUGCCCAGACAAAUGUUGUUGGCAAAUGCAUGCUAACACGCCUUACAUAUUUGAGUAUGUAACUGUCAAAGUAAAGAAAACGUAUGAAAACAAGCAGAAAAAGUAUAAAGAGGCGGCUGGGAAGCUUUUAUCACAGGAAGGAAUAGUAGGCAAGUUUGGAGAGGAAUUAAAUGAUUUAUUGGAUGAUUCAGAAGCAUUAAUGGUUGUUAUCAAAUCAUGCAUAGAAAGGCUAAAAGAAAUUGCACUUAGACCCAAUCCUCUAACGAUGACAGAACAUAUUGAUUUAAUGAUUGAAAACGAGAAACUUGAGAAAAAAUAUGGAUUUUUACAGAGAAUUAAUGUACUGAACGAAUUACGCAUGAGGGCUCAGAUAUCUACUGUGUUUGAGCAGUUUAAGGUAGAGGCAAACGCAACACUUAGAUCAGUCGGUAAAAAGAGGAACCAGGACGCAAAAUCUGUUACCAGAAUGGGGCUUGUUUAAAGGAUAAGUUGUCAAUAGACUUAUAAGCUGUAUAACAGAACUACAAGGUGUAUCACACGUGCUUCAGAUGAGAUCGUUUAAGUGAUAAAUACGAAGAAGUACUUAUCAGACUCUUCGAGGUAUCUUUUUGAGAACAAAGAUAUUGUGUUGCUUUAAUACACAGAAUCUGUUAAGAAAAACAAAUGUAGCGCCUGCAAAAUGAAUGUAUGAUGAAUAAUUCAUGAAUCGUUGUAGACAUUGACCUAAUCUUGAACAACUUCAAAAUGGCGGCGCUCAUUCGUAGAGUAUUUCGCCAACAUUAAAUCUCUGUUGAAUCUACGCACACAUUUAGUGUACAAUGAAUAAUCUAUAAGCAGGCAUUUUAACAUGAGUUGAAUUUUGCCAUGGUGGCAUCUAUUCAACGUGAUACGUUAUACAGUUUUGAGAAGAAAUUUUAGCUAAACGGUAUUCAGAUGUAAGAUAAAUAAAUGUGUGUUGCCUAAAUUGUUUUAUACUGAGGAAAUGAUCUAUUUUAUGUCUCUUAUAUCUUUCCGUUCUUGUGCUGUUUGUUUCUUUGUUUUUGUUUAGUUUUGUUUUGAUAACAAUGCAAGUCAUAGUUCACACACUACCCUAUCUCUUAUUUUAUUUCACUAUUGUAUUAAAUUAGACACUUUUACUGCGAUGAUCUGUUGUCGAAAAUCAAUUUAUCAAUUUACUUUUGUGCUUUGUAUAUUUGUAAACGAAACAAUUUAUCUAAAAUGAUUCGUGUAAGAAACAAACCUAAUACAUUGUAUCUAUAUAUGAAAGACUAAAAAUUGGCGCUGACUAAUAUCAGUUGUCUUUGAGUGCCGUAGCCCAGUUUGCUACAACCAUGAUUCGUCAGACUUGUAUACGUUGUUAAGAUAGGUCAUAAAUAUUUUAUGUAUGCGGGAUGCGCUAGUCUUGCCCAGGUAUAUAUCAGAAUAUAAGGAUCUUACAUACCCGCCGUUCUAACAGUGUCUUGACCGAACCCGAGUGACAGCCUGGGUCUGGCUAGUAUUUUCAUCCAUAUUGUUCCAAAGGUUUGAAAAGGUUUGCACAACAUCAUAAUAUAACUUCAGUUUUAAAGUUAGGUAGAUCUUCAAGUGAAAUAAUAUCAUAUAUAUUUCCCGUGAAGUUACCGUCUAUAUUCUGCUGUUAUGUCUCAAUACAUCACUGAAACAAAAUGUAAUAUAAAUUAUUCAUAUUUAACGCGGAUCUUUGCUGAUGCCUUGCUUGUGAACCGAAAAAAAAUUAUGUUUUCUAUGGUGUAUGCUAAUUUUGUGUUUUCUUGAUUAUUAGAUUAAUAAAGUUUUAGGUUUUUA